AAAUGUCUUUUUUGAAUCAGAUUCAGAAUUCCCUCACCGAGGCGGACUCGCGAACCAAAAAAAAAAAGUUCAACAUUUUCCUCAAUUUCCAAACAAUAAACUUUUAAUCUCCUUUUCGCAUUUGCAUAAGACAAAAGUUCAAAACAUACAAAAACCUAAAAACAAUAUUACGAAUUUCGCAAACUCCGCGAAGUGCCGCAAAUGAACGCCACCCAUUUGCAAGUAAAUUAAUUCGAAGCAAAUAAGAAAGCCUUUUCCAUCCGAUUCGAUCUGAGAGUGUUUCGUUAUUGUUUUGUCAAAAAGUUAAAAAAAAAGAAAAAAAAAAAAGAAAUCAUUUUCGUUUCGAGACAGGAGGACAAAAAUAAGAACUACAAAACCAAAACCAAGAAUUAAACUCCCACCGCGGCGGAGAGCCUCGAUGUGGUAUUAUUAUUUUGGUCACCGAGGCCAUGGAGAGUAUCUGCAGAUUAUGUUUUCAACCAGCAGCGUUGUUUCAGGUUCCUGGCUAUAAUCUUCCAACUUGUGCCAAAUGUUCGGAGCAUUUGACCACAAAUGGUCUAACUGGUAUAACAGCGAAUUUUUAUCAAACAAUUAGACAAGAUUUACCAACUACUACAACUACAGUUGCAAAUAAUACAUCCUCAACGACUAAUGGUGGUGGCGGGACCACAAUACAAGUCCAACAAAUAACCCAACAGCAACAACAGCAGCAGCAACAGCAACAGCAGCAGCAACAACAACAGCAACAACAAACAGCAGCAAGCUCAUCACCAGACGACGAUAUAAAUAGCCAACAACUAAGUGGUUCUAUGUCCAAUCAAAACGGCGGCGUGAAAAAAACCGAAACAAUGUCAUUUGAUUUGGAGAAGACCAUUCAGACCAUAGACGUCGAUCUUCUGUUCAACGAAGAAGGAACUUGUCCGCUUUGCUCGAAAACGUUCUCAAGAAAAUCAUCUCUGCUAACUCAUAUACGAAAUCACUCGGCUGAGAGGAAAUUUAUUUGCUCAUUUUGUCACAAAGGCUUUACACAAGCGGCAAAUUUGCGAAAUCAUGAGCGCAUACACACAAAUGAUAGACCCUAUGUCUGCAUUGAUUGUGGCAAGACUUUUACACAGAUAACUAAUUUGAAUAAUCACCGUCGAUUGCACACGGGAGAGCGGCCAUUUGUAUGCAUUGAAUCAGAAUGCGGACGGUCUUUUGCGCAAGUCACAAAUCUAAACAAUCACAUGAAGACCCAUCACAAAGUACAGCAAUACUGCUGCAAUCAAUGUUCGAAGAAAUUUACCCAAGUGACGUCACUUAAUCAGCACCUUCAAGCUCACGCCGGCAUAACAGGCUAUUAUUGCCCUCGAUGUCCAGAAAAAACUUUCAAACAGCAAUCCCAACUGCAUACGCACAUGAAAUCGCACGGUCUGGCCUUCCCAUACGAAUGCCAGAAGUGCGAUGAGAAAUUCUUGCAACAAGCACACCUCGACCAACACAACAAAAUGCAUGAUGAAUUUAAAUUCAAGUGUGACAUGUGUCCGAGCUCCUUUAAUCAAGAGGUGCUCCUUAAAAAGCAUGUCCAGCGACACAUCGAAGGAAGGUACAUUACAUGUCCGGUAGCUAAUUGUAACCAAGCAUUCGCCGUUAAACAACACUUAUCGAAACAUCUUCUUACUCGCCAUUCUCACAGUGAACUGCCGCCGCCUAAGCGUUCUAAAAAGCAGCACCACAAUCAGCUCCAUCAGCCCGUACAAAUGAUUGGGCAGCCACUGUCAAUACAACACCACACACCCGGGCAGCGUAUGCGAGGUCGCCCACCCAAAAAGAAGAACCAACAGCAGCAGCAGCAAUUAAAUCAUUCAAACGUUCAAACAAUUAAGAUCGAAUUGCCAUCACAGUUGCAGGAUCAUGUUGGAGGAGGCGGUGGUGGUGCAACAAUACAAUUUAAUCAUAUGCAAUCACAACAGCAACAACAACAACAAGUAGCUGUUGGCGGCAACCAAGUCAAAACAACAGUCGUGCAACAGGCAGCUUUGAUCAACAACAAUACAACAAAUGGUAAUGACCGACAUCAACAACAACAACAACAAGAACAAGACCAACACGAGACACAAGUCGAAAGCGGCGAUGAUCUUAAAUGCCAAGAUUGCGGUGUAUUAUUUACAAAUGAAAACGAACUGAGGGAGCAUAUAUUCUACAAACAUCCCGAGCGGAGAUUCAUGCAGGCUAUUUUAGAAGAGAACAGAUAUCUAAUGAGAAUGCAACCCCAACAAACUUACCUAUGCAAUCUGUGCUGCAAUGUAUUUAAAAGUCAUUUAGCCUUAGUGCGUCAUACAGCCAAGUUUCAUGGACAACUAAUUGUAAAUUCUUCUAAAUCCGAAUAUUAAACUUUUAAUUUAGUGUGUGAUUUGAUUUUACAAAGUAUUUUAUUUUUUUUUUAAUCUAUAUUUAAGUUUAAAACAAAACAAAAUAUAAAAAUGUUAAAUAUAUUUUUUUGCACAAAUAAGAAAAAUGUUUAAAUAACAUUCUAAACAAAGAAAAGAAAGAAGAUAUUUUCAGUUCUAAACUGAUUUACCGAUUUUUGAAAAUAAUAAAUAUUUAAAUUAUAAUUAUUGGGCAUAUCUCAAAAAAGAACAAAGUAAAAAUGUAUAAAUAUUCUAUGUUGUUCUUGAGGAUUGUUAAUUUACAUUUUUAUUAUAUUUUCAAUAUAAAUUUUAUAAUAACAGCCCAACACUUGAGGUUGUAACCGGAACAUACAAAUUACUAUGAAACUAAAAAUAUUUAAAAUAAAUUGUACACAUUUUAAACAUUAACGAAUAUUUAUGUUUUUUAGGAACAUAUUUUAAUUUUGAGUUGCUUUAGUUAUUUCAAACAAUAUGUUUUCUUUUUGUAUCAGAAAUAAGUCUGUUGUAAAAUGACCUUGACAAGCAGAAAAUGCCAUAAAAUUUAUGGCAUUUUCGUAAAUGUAUGUUUUUCUUUUGGAUAUGAUUUUUGUCUUAAAGUUUUAUGUAGUAAUACUCUCCUAAAUCCAUUACAAAAUUGUGCUUGUACUCCUUAAAUUUUAACAAUUGUGUCACAAGAAGUUGCAUUUGUUUUUCUUUUAUAAGGUGUUGACAUACAAUCUGACCUUAAAAUCGUUCAUAGGAAAAUGUUAAGUUGAAAUCGUUUUAAUAUUUUGGAAUAUUUGAGAAAACUAAAAAUAAAAUAAAAUAAAUAAUCAAAUUGUUCAAGAGACGUGAAGAUUUUUCAACAGAAAAUUGAAUUUGAUAUAUAAUUAAAUCUCAAACACACCAAAUAAUGUUUUCAAGUUAUAACUGAUGUAAAUUCUAUAAAAAUCAAACUUUGCUAUUUACCUAUUUCUGCCUAUUGCCUAUGUAGGUAGACGUAUACAUUCUUAAGAUGACAGGAAUGUACAUUUUGGUCCUUGGCUUACAAAUUUGUUUAAACGGAUUUAACAUUCUACCACAGCUAUCUGGAAUAGAUUGGCUUCAUAAGGGGAGAUUUUAUAGUUGGUUUAUGAGGUUCUAACAUUAUAAUAAUGUCAAAAGUAUCCCUUUGAAUUCUGUUCCUAACAGACUUAGGAUCUCAUUUUUGCAGACAAAAUUAAUGGCGUUUACAAAUACCUCGAAUGCGAAAUAUAUCGGGAAAAAAUUAACUUUCGAUAGAAGUCAUUUCGCAGAAAAUGUCUGACCAACUCAAAAUGAUUAACGAAAAGAUGUGUAUAUUUUUAUGAUGAUUCCGAAAUCAUAAUGUUUUCAGGAUUGUUAAAGAAUUUAUUGAAUUAUACCUUUGAUAGACCUGAGUAUCAUUUUGCUGAAAAUGCCAGACCAACUCAAAAAUGAUUAACGAAAAGAUGGUUAUGUUUAUAUGAUGAUUCUGAAGUCAUAAUGUUUACAGGCUCGUUAAAGAAUUUAUUGAAUUUAACUUAAAGAUUGCAAUCAUUUGAAUGUAAUCAAUUAAUUGCAAUCUUUAUAUUGAAGUAAAAAAAAAGUGUAUUCCCAAAAGAUUGCAUUUUGUUACACACUUCAGUUGACAUGAAGCUUAACAAUGUUGAUUCGUUGACAUGAAGCUUAACAAUGUUGAUUCGUUCAUUAAAAAGAUUGUUAGUUAUUUGCUUGCUUAGCUUUUCUUUUAUUUAACCAAAUUUGACUAAAAACUAUCAAUAAUCUUUUUAUUUGGUUGUGUUAUAAAACCAUUUUCAUUAGAACAACAUUCAAAAAGUUUGUCUUAAAUGUACAGCAUUUAUUUUGAAAUAUUUUACUUGCUCGUUUAGGUUAAGAAGAAGACGUUUAGGACGUUUAAAUUCUUUCAAGCUUCAAGUAAUAUACAUACAUAUGUAUGUAUUAACUAUUUUAAUUACUUAUUAAAGAAAAACUCUUUGAAGGCUUUCAUAUUUAAAACGAAUCCUGAUUGACAGUUGAAAGCUUUGUUAUAUUCAGUCAGUAUUGAAAUACAAACGGUAUCUUCUGUGAUCACUGCUUUCAUAAUUAAAACGAAUUUUGAUUGACAGUUGAAAGAUUUUGAUAUAUUGGUCAGUAUUGAAAUACUAAAUAGCACCUAAUUAAUUCUUCCUGUGCCUUUUUCAAUUGCUUGUUUGGAAGGGUUUUAAAUGAUGAAUGCAUAAAACAAAAAAAAUAUUCAAAUUUGAGGAAAAACAAUUCAAAUUAACUAACUACCUUAUAUAGGGCAUUGUUUAGUUUUGAAAAAUUUGCAUCGUUAAAAGCGUCUUAAAAAUAUAUGAACUGUCACCUUAUCGCUUUUUAAUAUGUGCAAUUAUGACAUAAAUUCCUAAAAAAUUAGUUGUUAACACAAAAGUAUUGAGCAAUCUUUAUUUCUUAAGUUGAAUUCUUGAUGCAAGUGUUCAGUGAUAUAUCCUUAUUUAACGGUAUAGUAUGCACUGACUUUUGAUCUUAUCAAGUAUCAAGAAAAGUAUUCUCAGAAAAGUAUUAUCAGUCAUUAACAUUUUCAUCUACCAGAAUUUUGCUCAUACAAACAUUCGGUACCCUUGUUUUAAUUGAAUUGUAAGUUGUUCAAUUUUUCUCACAAUUAUACUUAUUUCUGCAAAGUGUAGCCUUUUUUUUAAAAAAAACAUUUGCAGAUGUAAAAAUUGGAAUUUUGUGAUUGAAAAAUAAUGAUUUUUUAUAUUUCAUGAAAAACCAAAAACAAUUGACAAGUAAGAGCAAGAUUACGAAACUGAUGUCCAAAAAAAUUGAAAAUACUUUUUAUUAAGUUAAAGAUUUGAGUUUUGUGUUCUUCAAAAUAAUUUUUAGAAGAAUUUUUCUCCUUUUCGAAAAAAAAAAACACAUUUAUCUUUUGUAAAUUUACAUAGGUACCUUAUUCGUAGUAGCUUCUUUUUCCAAGUUGGUGCCAUUGAAUCGAAUCUCUAUAAGGAACAUUACUUACAAUGCAAACGAACUGUUAUUUCCAAAUACUGACUAUGUUAUGAACUCCAAACAUUUUCGAUUUAGGUCGUGCUUCAAACCUAAUUUGAAAAAUAUGUUUUGGACGCAAACAAGGGUAUUUUUUUUCUAUAAAAUAAUUGACGCAGGUACACUUCAAGUACAUAAUUAUAAUAAAUAUUUUCAUUAUGUGAUUUGCUUCCUACGCGGGGUUCUAAAAAAAACUUAAGUUAUGACACAGUCUAAUAAUUAAUAUUGCACUUAAAUAUCAGCCUUCAAAAUAAUUAAUACAAAUUUUUAAUAAAACAAAUAUUUAAUAUUUAAAUUUUAAAACAAUUUUCAAUGAGCUUGAAGAGUUGCAACGUGAAUUUUAAAAGGAAAACAAUUCGACGAUGGAAUAAAAGAAAACAUAAAAGUAGGAAAAUCAAGCAAUAUUCGUUCCUAAAAAAAUACAAAGCAAAAACUUCUAAAUUUUUAAACAGAAAAGAAAUUUUACACCUCAUAUGGCAAUGAUCCGAAAGGAAAAAAAAAUACCUCUGCAAUAAAAUCGAGUAAGAAAAAUCUAUUAAUCCUUUAUUUUAUUU